UCAUUUGAUCCUUGCCAUGCUGUGGGUUUGAAUGGAGCACAGCAGAGUGCAGAAGCCAGAUGUGCAGCAGCUGCUUCCACAGACCGGAGUUGUUGCAUGACAAGAAACCAACUACUACUGAGUCCACUUGGGCAGAGAGGGAGUAUAUUCUAGUCAUUUAUUCAAAAUUCAUAAUGAAUCUCCCCGGUGAAUAAUCUCUGAUCCCGCUGCCCUCCAGUCCGGAACAGAGCAGUACAUUAACUCGUUGCUAUCACCCCACGGAGGUCUGCCUGAUAUCAGGUAAUCUGACACUUUCCUACUAAAAAAAUCACCGAUCGAAAGGCUUGCAGCCUGGGUGUCUGAGAGAUCCCGGGCAUCGCACAGAAGGAAUGGCUGAGUGGAGCCAGGCACGGGCAGCUGAGCUGGGGAGGAAGGUGCUGCUGGCUGCCAUCUGUGAGUUACUGCUGCUCUCACACUACUGUACCGGCAGGAGUCUGAGCAAGAGAGCCCUGCACCUGAAACUGAGCGACAAGUAUGAGGACUAUGAGUACCCACUGCUCCCCCAUAACACAAACUACCAGAAGAAUGAUCGGUGCCCUCCUCCACCCCAGAGCCUUCCAGAACGUGCCUGUGAGGUGCCCAGCUGCCGCUCUGACUCUGAAUGUGAGAGGCAUAAGCGCUGCUGCUAUAAUGGAUGCAUAUAUUCAUGCUUAGAGUCUGUCCAACCUCCACCAGUUCUCGAUUGGUUGGUGCAACCAAAGCCUCGUUGGCUUGGUGGGAAUGGCUGGCUUCUUGAUGGACCAGAGGAAGUAUUGCAAGCUGAAGCAUGCAGUACCACUGAAGACGGAGAUGAGCCCUUACAUUGCCCAACAGGAUAUGAAUGUCAUAUAAUCAACCCAGGCAACCCAGCAGAGGGAAUCCCCAAUCGAGGUCAAUGUAUCAAGCAAAGAGGUAACGCAGAUGGGAGACAUUUGAGACAUAAAUAUUACAAAGAAAAUAUCGAUGGUAAUUACAACAAUGUUGUUGUUGGAUUCGACAAAGAACCGCAGAAGCACUUAGGAUAAAAGAUAUUACUUUUAGAAUCAUCUGUUUCCAAAAAGAUAUCCCCAAAAGGCUGAUGAGAGCAAAGUAUGUGACUUCAACAAAGACCCUACUCAUCCAAUACUGGUGUAUUUGGCUAUGAGCAGCAUCUAUUGGAUAUGUAGAUAAUAACAAAGAACUCUCAAGGAGCCAUCUCUCCAGCAAAUGCAUAUCUGGAGCUGCAAUCCAUUACAUUGCCAUGAAAGGUGACACUGCAUUUUUGUAGCCUUCUGGGCUAGUGGAGAGGCACAUGAUUAUCAGCAUCUUCCCUCUCAACCAGAAUGAAAAUAUUGUGUUUUUUUUCCCACAGCUUACUGCCUACCGAUCUGUGAAAGGCCUCAUUGGAACUGACAGUUCUGUUAUAAAGCACUUGCUUCCCAGUUAUACUUUUAUCUUAAGGGACAACUAAAAACAACAAAACCGGGCUUUUUUCUUAAAGCUAAUGCAUCUCAAUUCAGCACUGCAGGCUUGCAUUAUAGGGAAAAUAUAUAUCAUACAUGUUGCGCUCAAAAGUAAUGCACCUAAUUGUGAAUAAUAUUGUGGUUUCCCUUCAAACAUUCAGCUACCUGUCUGACUUCUGAAAUAUUUAAGUUAUUCUUUAAGAUCCCUUCUCAGCAGUCUGUCUCUCUACAUGCAGCUUUGUGUCAGAGGCAGUUAUGAAGAGACACAGUUUGCUGACAGGGCAUAGUGAAAAGUGACUUGGUAAUUUCAGAAGCAGACAAUAUUUCCAUAAACUCAUAUUCAGUUUUUCUAAACAUUUUAUAACAGUUCUCUUUUAAUUUAUUGUUUAACUAGGAAACAUGUUUUAAGGCAUAUGUGGUACCAAACAGUGUGUAAAUUGCUUUAAUAUAUGAAGGGUGGCUGGUUAGAAAGCUUUGUAGGUAUACACCUAGCUCCAGAACUUUUUACAGUGUUGCAAAUCUGAACCCUUAGGGGUAGCUUUAUUAACAUUCUGAUUUUCGUGGCUUUAGAUACUUUUGAAACUUUGACUAAACUCAUUUCCACUGAAAUCACAAAUAUCUAGUCAUUUAUUAAAGAAAAAAGGAAGGAAAUCUUUGUG